AUGAUGAGUCGAAGAAGAGGGCCGCACGGGGACCGCGCCGACCAUAUAUGGAUCUCCACCGAACAUAUUGAGGAGUUGUUGUCCAAUCUAUCCUUCACCACCAGCCUCCACCAUAAAGGACAGAUGCAGGAGGAAGAGAGCAUGCUCCCAUCGCCGCCUGUGCCCCGCUGGCCCCACGCAUUUCAUCAAACAGCUUCAGCGCGAGCCGCGUCGGAUGAACAUGUCGAUCUCGUGCUGCGCGUGCAUGAGGUGUCGUUCACCGCCGUGGCAUCCUGCGCGCCGGGAUCCCUGUUAGCGGGGAUGCCGGCGGGGGCCGUCGGCGUGGCCGCGCUGGCGCGCUCCGGCCUGGCGUUCCCCGCGCAGGUCGCGCGCACGCAGGGCGUCGCCAACUCGUUCGUGCUCUGCCUCCCAAGUGUCGCCAUCUUCGGCGGUGGCCCGCUCAUCGCGGCGAAUGGGCGGCCCAUCUCGGAGAUGCUGGUCGGCGACACGCCCCUCCGCAAGGACAAGGGAUCCCCCGGCUACUACGUCUCGGCCAGCAGAGGCAUCGCCGUGGACGGAGCGCGGGUGCUCCUGGUGGAGGACUCGUACGCGCCGCUGGCCGUCGGCUUCUCCACGACGACAUGAGGAAGAGCGGCGUGGCCGAGCCGCCGUCCUUGUUGCUCCAAUGCCGUACAGCUCGAGGCGUGGGAGGCGCACGCGCAGCCGGAGAGGGAGUACUACGGCUCCGCCGC